GGGCGGAGCCGGGCCGAGCGGGAGGGGCGGGGCGAAACGGAACGCGCGCAUUCGCGGCUUCGUUUCCGGACGGAGGCCUUUGCAGAGAGCCCCGCGUCCCUAGGGGGCGGCGGCGGCGGCGGCGAGGGCAAAGGGGGGAUCCGGAAGUCAACACCAUGUCGAGUCUGCACAAGAGCAGGAUUGCAGAUUUCCAGGAUGUCCUGAAGGAGCCCACGAUCGCUUUGGAAAAGCUUCGGGAACUCAGUUUUAGUGGCAUCCCCUGUGAGGGCGGACUUCGGUGCCUCUGCUGGAAGAUUCUCUUGAACUACCUCCCCUUGGAGAGAGCCUCAUGGACCUCCAUUCUGGCCAAGCAGAGGGAGCUGUAUUCUCAGUUCCUGAGGGAAAUGAUUAUCCAACCUGGCAUUGCCAAGGCCAACAUGGGUGUGUCCAGGGAGGAUGUGACCUUUGAGGACCAUCCACUCAACCCCAACCCCGACAGCCGCUGGAACACAUACUUCAAGGACAACGAGGUGCUGCUGCAAAUCGACAAAGACGUCCGGAGGUUGUGCCCAGAUAUAUCUUUCUUCCAGAGAGCCACCGAGUACCCCUGCCUCCUUAUCCUGGACCCCCAGAAUGAGUUUGAGACCCUUCGUAAACGGGUGGAACAGACGACGCUGAAAUCGCAGACAGUGGCCCGGAACCGGAGCGGAGUCACAAAUAUGUGCUCCCCACACAAGAACUCCACGCCCUCUUCCCUGAACGAGUAUGAGGUGCUGCCCAACGGCUGCGAGGCCCACUGGGAGGUGGUAGAGCGCAUCCUGUUCAUCUACGCCAAGCUCAAUCCUGGCAUCGCUUACGUGCAGGGCAUGAACGAGAUCGUGGGGCCCCUCUACUAUACCUUUGCCACCGACCCCAACAGCGAGUGGAAAGAGCACGCCGAGGCAGACACCUUUUUCUGCUUUACCAACCUCAUGGCUGAGAUCCGGGACAACUUCAUCAAGAGCCUGGACGACUCACAAUGUGGCAUCACCUACAAGAUGGAAAAGGUGUACUCCACCUUGAAGGAUAAAGACAUGGAACUCUACCUGAAACUGCAAGAGCAGAACAUCAAGCCCCAGUUCUUUGCCUUCCGCUGGCUGACACUGCUGCUGUCCCAGGAGUUCUUGCUGCCUGACGUCAUCCGUAUCUGGGACUCCCUCUUCGCCGACGACAACCGCUUCGACUUCCUCCUCCUGGUGUGCUGUGCCAUGCUCAUACUGAUCCGGGAGCAGCUGCUGGAAGGGGACUUCACCGUAAACAUGCGGCUCCUGCAGGAUUACCCCAUCACAGAUGUCUGCCAGAUCCUUCAGAAAGCCAAGGAACUCCAAGACUCCAAGUAGCCUCCUGGCAAGAGGCCCAGGUUUGGGAGAGAAGACACCGACCCCUGUGCCCUGGCUUCUGGGACACGCAGAAGCCUGUGGGAUCCCAGCCAGCCUGAGGGGAAACUGCGGGAUUGGCCCACUCCAGGCCUCCUCACCCGGCUCCCUCCCCCUCGGCCGCUCCCGCUGGGGGCACACUGUGCCAUGUUCCUUCCUAACCAUGCAGCCCUAGCUCUCUCCCUGCUCUUCAUCCUGGGGACCUUUUGCCCAGGCUGCCGAGCAAGGCUGGAGCUCAUGGGGUGGUUUUCCGGGGCUGGGGCACAUUGGGGGCACUGGGGGCCGGCAAGGGUCCUUCCCUGCCUCUGCUCGGCUGCUCCCUUCCUGUUCUCCUGCUCUGGUCUUCUGGGCUCUGGUCUCGGGAGGUGCUUGGCAAAUGAGCCAGAAACCACUUCUUCUGGGGGUUGGUGCUUAGGCUUCUCCAUGGGGAAGGUGACACUGUGAAGGAGCUAAGAAGCUGCCAGGCCCAGGUCAAACUCUCUGUCCCUCUCCCCGCGAGUGUGUUUCUGUCUGUAGUCCUGGGUGGGCGUGUGUGUGUCUCUUCAUCUCCCGGGUGUCUGCUGCUCCUGUGUGGUGUGUGUGUGUGUGUGUCCAUGUGUAUGUGAGGGGGGUGGGGUGUCUUUGGUCCCUCGAGGGCUCUUUCUCCUCCCCUUCUCCCUCUGCCUCUUUCACAGAGGGGGUGUGUGACUCACUCUCGCUCUGUCUGCCCCUCUGUCGUUCUUCCUCUGUCUUUCUCUCUUGGGGUGCCUUAUCCCCAGCUCUUCCCCUUCCUCCCCUCCACGAACCCCAGAAACAGAAUGAGGAGUCUGGCUCAGCAAAAUCCCUGGGGGUCAACCUUGGCCUUUGCACCCUGUUCACAUUCCCAGCCCUGGGCCCCCAGGUCGCACAGACGGGGAGGGAGUCCACAGUGCCUCAGCGCAGGGUCCUGAAUUGACUCCCAACAGAAAUCUUGGAAACCAAAAGCUGAGAAAUGAUGGCCCGCAAGGCUUUGGGCCCCUUACCCUCCUUUCUGCCCAGGGGAUGGAGGAAGGAGAAGAGGGAGAGCUGGGGCUUCCAGAGAUUCCCCCAAAAGGCCCUUCUCUCCCAGAGGAAAAGGACCUGAAAGCGAUCGUGUACCAGGGGUUGGGAUCCAAGUGUUUCAGAAGAGUCGUCAUUCUUGUGGCUCCCAGGUCCUAGCCCAGGGCAGUGAGUCCCAUAAAGGGCAAGUGGGACCAAUGGGAGUCUCCCUGGGCCAGGUGUAGCUGAGCUUAAAGGCCCUGGAUCCUCUUGGUGCCAGGAGAGCCAUGUCUCCCCCAGGCAGGCUGAAGGAGGUGCUGGCCCUUCCCUGGUCACCUGCUUGGGCUGUUCCCAGGAUCUGGGGCAGGGACACUCGGAGCAGGAGCAGCUGGCUACUCUUGCCGCGGGGCUGUGGGAGGAGUGGGCACGUUCUGACCAAGGCCCGCCCUCCUGUGAGGAGACAGGUGGUUUGGAUCUGGAAGGCUGGGCGAUACAGCAAGCGGCCUCCGCCUCAGACUGGCCAGCAGUGGCCCUUUUGUCCCCAAAGCCUUCCCGAGUCUGGCAGCCAGGACUUUGUGCUGCCUUCCCGGGCCCGGCUGUGGGGCCCAGGAAGAGCUGUCCCCAAGUGGCUCCUGUACCAGGCUGUACCUUGGAUGCUGCUGGGACUUUACGCACUUGCCUUUUUGCCGCCACCCCUCCCAACAUACAGUACUUGGGAGAUUUUUUUACUGUAUUUAUUCAGACUCCUAGUUAUUUAUUGCAGACUGGCAAGUGCUUGGUUUGGGGAUGAAGGGUGGGGCUGGGAAAGUAUACAAGCAGUUGGAGGUCUUCCUGACCUUCCAAGGUCAGAGUCAGCAUCCUCUCCACCUGUCUGUGGGAUCUUCCUGGUUUUCCAGCAGGUUCUGGCUGGGAGGGCUCUGAGCUCUGUACUGCAACUGAGUGUAAGGGAUACAACAGGGUGGGUGUCGUCUCCAGACUGCAAGACCCCAGCAUGGCACAGAGACCCUGCUUCCCACCAGCCUGGCUCAGCCUCUUCCCAGAACUGGUCAGCUGGUGGUUCAGUUCCAACUUUGAGCCCUUCACAGCCUGAGGCUUGGGCCACAGCCUGGGGCCCAGCAGCCUGCUCAGGACACCUGAUGCAUUCCCUCUUGCCUGUCCCCCGCCUACCCUCCUGGGGCCAUACUACUUGAGUCGCUGCGUCUGAUUUGCCUCAGUGGCAGACUUAGGUCCAGUGCUCUUUCCUUGACCUUGGGAUGAGGAUCGGGAGCACAGGGACCAUGUCCAGAUUACACGGCGCUCCCCAGCGGGAUACUGCCUGAGGAAGGGACAGGCCCUUGGUGAUUUCCCCUCCCCAGAUUCUCAAGGGAGGUGCCUUGAGAGCCAGCAUGCCCAGGGCUUCCUGGUUGGGAGCUGCCCCCAGGACUUUGGACACUUAGAGAUUGGGCUGUAAGAAUUCUGCAGGUCUCACUCCAGGGUCAGAAUGGAAGUCUGCUUUUGUUUUUUCAUCUGUUUUAUUCCUUGAAUCAAUGCUGUUGAUGACAAGUUGUCUUUAAUAAAUCAUGUGUUCUUUGCA